AUGGCGGGUGAGUCUAUGGGUUACAUGUCAACAAUCAAAAGUUGGAUUUCUUGGUCGUGGACUUAUUUGUGGAUUUUGUGGUUUAUCUUGGUUAUUUUUCUCAUCUACGCACUGCGGGGACCGCUAAGAAUAAGCGAAAAUAUUACAAUGGCUUCCAUGUUUCUGAAUACACUUACACCUAAGUUUUAUGUGGCUCUCACUGGAACAUCGUCAUUGAUAUCAGGCCUUAUUCUGAUUUUUGAAUGGUGGUAUUUCCGGAAAUAUGGGACUUCCUUUAUUGAGCAGGUUUCUCUGAACCAUAUCUCACCAUGGCUAGGUGGAGGUGAGCCGAAUGGAGAAAAUGGGAACUCAAAUGGUGGAGGAGGUGGAGGUGGGAAUGGAAACCAACAGGCUACUCCAGAAUGUAAAGUGUGGCGGAAUCCUUUAAGCUUGUUCCGAGGAUCAGAAUAUAAUCGAUUUCAGACAGCAUCAUCAAAAGAACCUUUGACAUACUAUGACAUGAAUUUAUCUGCUCAGGAUCAUCAGACAUUCUUUACCUGUGAAUAUGAUGCAGGAAAACCAGAGUAUGAAAGUAAUUGUGCAACAGCUUACAUACUUCUGGCAGAAGAGGAGGCCACUACCAUUAUUGAGGCAGAAAAGUUGUUUAAGCAAGCAUUAAAAGUUGCAGAAACUCAGUACAGAAAAAGUCAGCAACUACAACAUCAAACAGCCCAAUAUGAUGCUCUGCGGAGACGAGAUACGAAUGUGCUGGUGUAUAUUAGAAGAAGAUUGGCGAUGUGUGCAAGAAAACUCGGGAAGCUCAGAGAAGCUGUCAAAAUGAUGAGAGAUGUAAGAUUUUCUAGAAAAAUGCAUUCUUCAAACUCUCAUGUUCCUCUAUACUGUUUUGUUGCUACGAUGUUAGGAACUGUUAAAGAAGCAAUUGUCUGUGAUUGGUCUAGGUUAGGAGCUAUUAAAGAAGCAGCUACCUAUGGAGCUAUUAAAGAAGCAGCUGUCUGUGAUUGGUCUAGAUUAGGAGCUAUUAAAGAAGCAGAUUCUUGUGAGUGGUCUAGAUUAGGAGCUAUUAAAGAAGCAGAUUCUUGUGAUUGGUUUAGAUUAGGAGCUAUUAAAGGAGCAGAUUCUUGUGAUUGGUCUAGAUUAGAGCUAUUAAAGAAGCAGAUUCUUGUGAUUGGUCUAGAUAUCAGUUUACCCAAGUCAGCAACCAUAUGUUAUACAGCUGCACUGCUCAAGGCUCGAGGGGUUAGUGAUAAGUUUUCUCCAGACAUAGCAUCAAAAAGAGGGCUUAGCACAGCGGAAAUGAACGCCGUGGAGGCCAUUCAUCGAGCAGUCGAGUUUAACCCCCACGUUCCUAAGUAUCUUCUAGAGACAAAGAGUUUGAUACUCCCUCCUGAACACAUUCUCAAGAGAGGAGACAGUGAAGCAAUAGCCUAUGCAUUUUUUCAUCUCCCACAUUGGAAGAAGAUAGAGGGUGCUCUUAACCUCCUCCACUGUACAUGGGAGGGAACAUUUAGAAUGAUACCAUACCCCCUUGAAAAGGGCUAUCUUUUCUACCCCUAUCCAACUUGUACAGAGACCAUAGACAGAGAACUCCUUCCAG